AUGGCAAUGAGCAACAACAUCAUAGGGUUCAUAAACCUACUCGCCGUGAUCCUCUCCAUCCCCAUCAUCGCCGCCGGGAUCUGGCUAACAAACGAACCAGCAGACACAUGUGUCAAGUUCCUCCAAUGGCCAGUCAUAAUCCUCGGCGUUCUUCUCCUAAUCGUGUCCCUCGCUGGUUUCAUCGGUUCCUUUUGGAGAGUCCCAUGUCUCAUGAUAUUCUACCUCGUUGCAAUGCUCGUCCUUAUUAUACUUCUCGUUUGUUUGGUUGUUUUUGUUUACAUGGUCACUGUUCGUGGCCAUGGCAUGAUGGAACCUAAUCGGGCUUAUUUAGAAUACCGUUUGGAUGAUUUUUCUGGCUUUCUGAAAAGGAGAGUGAGAAGCUCUUUUAAAUGGGAUGUUAUCAGAAGUUGUUUGAGUGAAACUAACAUGUGCGCUGAGUUGAAUCAGAAUUUUCGUAUGGCUCAGGACUUCUUUAACGCACGUCUCACGCCAAUGCAGACUGGAUGUUGCAAGCCACCAACACAAUGUGCAUACACAUUUGUGAAUCCAACGUAUUGGAUUAGUCCAAUAAACAAUGCAGCAGAUAUGGAUUGUCUUCAAUGGAGCAACGACCAGACACAACUUUGUUACAGUUGUGAUUCAUGCAAAGCUGGUCUGUUGGCAAAUCUUAGGAAGGAAUGGAAAAGAGCAAAUGUGAUAUUGAUGAUCAGUGUUGUUGUUUUAAUUGUGGUUUAUUUGAUUGGGUGCUUUGCUUUUAGGAAUGCCAAAACUGAAGAUCUCUUUCGCAAAUACAAACAAGGCUACACUUGA